CCUUCAGCUAGUAUUCGGUCUUCCAGGCUCUCCUCCACCAUCCUCAGAACCACUGCCAUCCAGCCAGCGCCAUGUGGGGAGCCUGUGUGUUGCUGCUGACCCUUGGACUGCAGCUGACAACUGGUGUCGUCCCAGUGGAGGAAGAGAACCCAGACUUCUGGAACCAAAAAGCAGCCAAGGUCCUGGCUGCUGCCAAGAAGCUGCAGCCGUCUCAGACAUCAGCCAAGAACCUCAUCAUCUUCGUGGGGGAUGGGCUGGGGGUGUCCACAGUGACAGCCACCAGGAUCCUCAAAGGACAGCUGCAAGGCCAUCUGGGACCUGAGACACCUCUAGCCAUGGACCGCUUCCCGUACGUGGCUCUGUCCAAGACAUACAGCACAGACACGCAGAUCCCAGACAGUGCAAGCACAGCCACAGCCUUUCUCUGCGGGGUCAAAACGAAUGUAAGGGUCAUCGGCCUGAGUGCAGCUGCAGAAUUUAACCAGUGCAACACAACAUGGGGCAAUGAGGUCCUCUCUGUGAUGCAUCGAGCUAAGGAAGCAGGAAAGUCUGUGGGAGUGGUGACCACCACGUCAGUGCAGCACGCCUCUCCAGCUGGCACCUACGCACACACGGUCAGCCGUAAUUGGUACUCGGAUGCAGAGAUGUCUGCCUCGGCGCUGCAGGAGGGCUGCAAGGACAUCUCUAUACAGCUCAUCUCCAACAUGGACAUUGAUGUGAUCCUUGGCGGUGGCCGCAAGUUCAUGUUUCCCAAGGGGACCCCAGACCAGGAAUAUCCAGAUAACCCCCACCAGGCUGGAACCAGGCUGGAUGGACGAAACCUUGUUCAAGAGUGGCUGGCAAAGCACCAGGGAGCCAAAUACGUUUGGAAUCACACGGAGCUUAUUCAGGCAUCCCUGGACCCAUCUGUGACUCACCUCAUGGGUCUCUUUGAGCCUGAGCACAUGAAAUAUGACAUCUACCGUGACCCUGCCCAGGACCCCUCCCUGGCGGAGAUGACAGAGGUGGCUGUGCGCAUGCUGAGCAGGAACCCCCUAGGCUUCUAUCUCUUUGUGGAAGGGGGCCGCAUCGACCACGGUCAUCACGAAAGCAUAGCUUACCGUGCACUGACUGAGGCUGUCAUGUUCGACUCAGCCAUCGAUAAGGCGGACCAGCUCACCAGCGAGCAGGACACAAUGAUCGUUGUCACCGCUGACCACUCCCACGUCUUCACUUUUGGCGGCUCAGUACCUCGAGGGACCUCCAUCUUUGGGCUGUCUUCCUAUAAGGCUGGUGAUGGCAAACCCUUUACCUCCAUCCUAUACGGCAACGGUCCUGGCUACAGGCUCCAUAACGGUGUCCGGGCUGCUGUCACUGAGGAAGAGAGCAGUGACCCCACAUACCGGCAGCAGGCGGCUGUACCCUUGUCCUCCGAGACACAUAGUGGCGAGGACGUGGCCAUAUUCGCACGUGGCCCUCAGGCAAACCUGGUGCACGGAGUGCAGGAGCAGAAUUACAUCGCCCACGUCAUGGCCUUUGCAGCCUGCCUGGAACCCUACACCGACUGUGGCCUGGCGCCCCCUGCUGGCCCGAGAAGUGCAGCGAGUCCAGGCCAGACCUCCACCCUGAUGUUCCUGUUGGCAGGGACAAUGCUGAUGCUGGUGGUGGCAGCUUAACCCUGACUACCCUAGGCUCACUGAACUCCACCCCAGUGGUACACAGCAGCUUCCAUGCCUCUGAGCGCUUCUGUUUCCUGAGACCACCUGGACUUCUGGUUUCCUUCUCCACUAGCCACUUUCUCAUUUCAGAUCAAUCUCUUUGUGUUGCCAAGCCCGCGCGGCCCUGCUUUAGGCCAGAGAGACCUCGGCCAGGGUUAAACCAGCCUCAUGCCAGGCAGCACUUCGCUGCCUUGAAGACCGGGACAAGACAAACUCCAGUGCCUAUUGAGCAUGGCAGAACAAUCAAGCAGCCAGCCGCUCAGCCAGGGCCUUGAGGGCCUAGAGUCUGACUCACCAGCACUGGGCAGUCCCCAUUGCCAGGCUCAGCUGGCUUCUGCUGCACCUUGGAUAAUGGGCCCAGCAAAGCUUUGACACAGCCAUCUACUGACCCUCAGUAGGCUCCCUACCUCUGCCUAGGCUCCCUUAAGAGGCCCAGCACAUGGAAAGCCUUGGCCCCCCAGCCCCCAUCUGGGCAUCUGGGCAGUGUCAGCACUUGGCUUCCUCCUCAAACGGCUGGGCCUGCACCUGGCCCUCUGCCCCCCAGUGUUUGAGACGGGGUUUGUGCCUAGUCUCCAUCUCAGGCCACCAUCUUCUUACCUCAGCUUCCCAAAUUCUGGGAUUACACAUGGCCCUGCUGUGUCUGGCUGUUUCCCACCCUCCGGGGCCUUCCAUUCUCCUGGGGACAAUAAAACCAGCUGUGACACAA